AUGUUAGCAUUAUCACCAUCGUUGGUUUCAACCACGGUAUGGUACUUGGAGAAUAAUCACACAAAUUAUGACCAGAAUUUCAACCACGUCGGAGACUCGGAGACAGUAGAGUCAGUUCUUCAUUUCUCUACAUCUCAGCAGGCACAAGUUGAGCUUGAUCGGAUUACGCCGCCAAUAACUAGUUAUGGUGACCCAAAAAUGCAUAAGAAGCUUAACCACAAUGCUAGUGAGCGUGAUCGUCGCAAGAAGGUGAAUGAUUUGUACUCCUCUCUCCGUUCACUGCUUCCAGGCACAGAUCGAACGAAGAAGUUAAGCAUUCCGAAAACAGUUUCAAGUGUGGUAAAAUACAUACCAGAGCUACAAAAGGAAGUGAAGGGACUUAUUCAUAAAAAGGAAGAGCUUCUAUCAAGGAUUUCUAGGUUAGAAGAUGAAACUCUUGAAGAGGAAAAACCAAAAAUCAUUGCUCAAAGCACUUCAAUAUCUAUUUGGGCAAGUCGUAUUGAUAGUAGGCAAAUUGUGGUUCAAAUAUCAAUAGAUGGCAAAGUCCACAAGACUCCAUUAUCUGAGAUUCUUUGCAACUUAGAGGAGGAUGGGCUUAUAUUAUUAAAUGCGUCAUCAUUUGAGUCUUUUGGAGGGAGGAUUUUUUGUAAUUUACAUCUUCAGGUUGAAAGAACUCAUGGACUGGAGUGCGAGAUUUUAAGUGAGAAACUCAUGUCCCUGUAUGACAAGAGAGAAGAGCUGUUGCUAUGAAAAUCUUGAUUCUAUUGAUGAUUAAUUUACCCUUUAGAGUGCCAAGUCCGUAUGUGAUUCUAUCUAUUAGUGCUCUGGUUAUUUUAACAAGACUAUUGGUGUGUAGUUGUAUCAUGGUUUUAA